AUUCAUUCGUGACGUCAUGCUGCAGAACCUAAUAAUUUGUUUUUUUCCUGUUUAUGUGAACAAUACUUCUAAAAAUGGAUGAAAUUCAACAAAUAAACAGCAAGCAAAGUGUUUUAGCAACGGCUGGUGCGAUUCAGAAGUGCAUAAAAUUAAUAAACGACAAGAAAGCAAAAUCCACCAACGAAAUUGAGCUGCUAAAAAAAUUAAUCAAAUCCGACAGUUCGAGAACGGCACAGCUGGCCGUUCAAGCACUGGUUCAGCUGGUAAAAAACGGUUCGCUAGAUCUAGGCCAAACGUUGGCAAUACUGGUUACGGCAUUGACCAAUUCAUCACCGGCCCAUUUUACUGCGGUGGGCGAUGGGAUGUUCGAGCUGCUGCUGCUGGAUUUUAAACGCCGGUGUUCCGUUUUGGCUGAUGAUCAGUCGUAUGUGUGCCAGUUCGAUCUAAAGCCACCGCAACAUCCGCUGCUAUUGCUGCUUAGCAAUAGAGACGUGGUCAACAUGCUGGCUUUUAGCGAAAAAAUCAAUCAAAUUUGUCAUCACCAUGACCAGGUAGUUCGAAAAAACAGCGUAGAAUUUCUCAGGCCAGUUUUUCUACAUGUAUUCAAUAAUCCCGCGCUAUUUCCUGAAAGCCUGAAAAUGUGGCGAGCCUUGCUUAAAAGCGCUGCAACUAAUGACGUUGCCGUGAAGAUGGUUUAUGAGAUCAUAUCUUGGAGUAAAACCUCAACUAGUGACAAAUGUCUUUAUACUAAUAACUUGCUUCUGGAAGCGCUUGAGAGUCUUUCUUCUGAGAAACAAAUGAAUUGGUUGUGUAGAGACAUUUGCAUGUAUAUGUCAGUUGUUAGUAAGGAACUUAUCAGCUUCAACUAUGAUCCAUCGGAGAACUUUUUGAAAAUUUUAGCAGUCCUUCACGUCGAUAGGAACGUUGCUUCCAUUAACUAUAACAGUGUGCUGCUCAUGAUCCUAGCCGAUAUUAUGCAAACCAUCGCACCUGCCCACAUUCUGAAUUUGAUGAGAAUAGUGAAAUUUCUGUUGGAGGCCGGAUCUAAUCGUUUGAGCCAACUUAUGAUUUUGGAUGGAGCAGUUCAACUUUUGGGACAGCAAACAUUUAUUCAAAACUAUCACGAGGAUUGUAACUAUAUUCUCAACGCUGUUCUCAACAACAUGUAUCCAACAAGCACUCAUGCUUCUUUUGAUAGUCGCCCAGCAAUCUACUUCCAUUCAGAUAUUGCAAAAUACGAUCAGUUCUGUAUGUGGUGGAACACUGUGGAAAUACAAAAGCAUUCAGUGGAUUGGCUCGUCAAAGGACUAAUGCGCACUGCUAGGUUUAGCGAAAAAGUUAUUCUGGUUCUUAGAGGACUGUUUUAUUCACGUGACAUCCGUUUCGAAGAAUGGAAAACACUUUUCGAUCAGCUCGUUCACUGCUCGAAAUCCAGCGAAGAAAACUGUUCAAAACUUGUAACGCCGAUAUUGUUUUUACUGGCCAAUGAUGGCAACCCGUACAAGAGGCUACAUCUGCUUAGAAAUCUGGCCUCAAUGGGUGCUAAAGAUCACGUGUUGGGUGUGCUGAAAGCAUUAGCGAAAGAUGUGGACAAAUCGACUAGUUUGGACUUAUAUCUUCGGCUGUGGAAAGCUGAACCACGAACAUAUCCAUUCCUGUACGACGUACUGAAAGACACCAGUCGAAGAACGAGAGAGGAUUCUUGGGAAACAACACUGGCCAGAACAUACACGAUUCGCGAGGUUUGUUUGAUCAAACCCCAGCAGCAUGGAGCUGAUUUGGUGAAUUUAUUUUCGACAAUUCUUAGUCACCCAGAGGAUGCCAGCAACGAAGCAGCGGUGGCAUUGGCCAUCGAUGCCAUUGCUAGCCUGUGUGAAAACCAUGUCGUCAACAUCGUCUCCACCUGGAAGGUGCUUGGCUUCAAAUUCACCCACGAAGUACGUCCUCGGAUCAUACGAAGCUUGUGCAGGUUUUUCGCCAACGUGCCUUCAAUCAAAGUGAACACCUUGGAACAGGAACGAUUGGUGAAUGAAAUUAUUCUUAAGCUGUGGCAGUUUGUAACCGAUUUUGAUGACUCAGAGGUUAUAGUGGCAGCCCUGGAAUCAUUGAAAUCCUUCAGCCCAGACAUGAUGAACAUAUACCAAAUUCCUGAAAUUUUUCGACAAGGAAUUCCUCUGCCCAGCGAAGAUGACGAUUCUUUAGAAGCGAAGCUAAUUCCAGCCGAUUGUUGGAUUCAGUUGAUACACUUUGUGAAUCAUUCUGCUAUCGAAGCAGCUGGAGAUCUGGUAGCGCAUCACAUUUACAACGAGAUCAAAGCAUACCGCGGGGGGAUCUAUCUUAAUCCAGAGGGACGACCGGAACCAACGACGCUGCGACACCUACCCAAGAGAAGUAUUCUCGCCGCAGUUAUACUACAUUUGAUUAACCAUGGAGGAAAAAUAAACUCCACUGACUCGAACGAUGUAGUACUGUAUAAUCUUCUCAGGAUCGUUGCUAAAAAGUAUCCCAAGCCGAUUCCCCCUCUUAAUUGGAAUUUUUUACACGAAUAUUUCCACCACUGCUUCGAAGCCAAGAAAUACUGUCUUCGUAUUGCAAUCAAACAAAUGCCCCACUCGGGAACAUCCAAGCGGAUCGUUGAGACAUUCCUCACGGAGUCGGUUGAAUCUGACAUGGAGGUGGAGGAUGUCUCUGUUAUCAUGGAAUCCUUAGACAUAAUUACUGAAUCGGUGCAAAGCGACAUCUACAAGAGGUAUCUGCAUUUGGCAUUGCAAUUUUUGCUUGAGAAGUCUGAGGAGAGUAAAUCAAAUACUGGAAGCCCGUUCACCGAGACAGUGCAACAUUUGAAGACUGCUGUUAUGAAGACUACGUAUCAAAACGAAGAAAACUUCGACUACCUUUGUGAGGUUUUGGAGAACUUGUUCAGCCGCUUUCAUGUUGAUACAAAGUUAUUUACCGAAUACCUUAAAGUGCUGAGUGUGCUACCUCAAAAGUAUUUGACGAAUCUUCUGAAACCUAGCACGUGGAUAGACAAACGCAACCAAGCCAAACUGGAAAAGGUUAUCGUUCUGCAAUUGUCCAUACACAAGCAUAAUCCGACUGCCAUCGAUCUGCACCUAUACGGACUGAGUGACAUUUUAAGAACCAUCGAUUCAUUUGAAGCAAAAACGGGAAACUAUUUUUUGCGUUCGUUUUUUGACUUCGUGCCUACGCUAGAAAACUCUAAAGCUCUGAACGAAUGGAUAAUUGAGCUUAUUGGUUACAUACAAUCGGAUUUGGCCGAAUCAAAUUGUGUUCCAAUGAAGAAGAUUUUCCUAUUCCUGGAUGUGUUUUUCAUAGCGGUGAUCAGUUUGUCAGGUUAUGGAGCUCUGCUCGGGGCGGAAGCCAUUGUGGAAAGUCUGGACAUGAGACUUUCCGUUUUCCCACCAAGCCUUAUCACAAUAUUCCAGAUGAACAUGUGGAGAGAAAUCGAAAACAAGAUAUAUGAAUUUCUGUACCAUUUGUAUAAUCACCCAAAUAUUUCUAUGCCACAUGCGGACUGCUUCAGAAAUGCUUUGCUGUGUUGCAAAGAACAGCCAUAUUUACUGCAACCGAAAGCAUGGCCAAAAUUUGUUUCAUUACGAAGGCUGUGAGUAUAACUAAUUACUUUUCUACGGUUUUGCAUAUAACGACAACUGUGUCUGAUGAUAUUCGUGGCUUUUUAUAUAACUAAACUACUCCGAAAGCAUAGCUAGGUAGAUAUUUACUCUCGUUUCUAAUUAUCGCUAAUAUAUUUAUUUUACUCUUCAUACGCGA